GGACAAAUCUUGCUGAUGGAUAUCCAUCCCUGAAAUACAACAUUUCAAAUGAAAGGUCAUUUCUUUGCUUCGGGUGUAUAAUGUGUUGCCGAUGUUCAGGAAUGUGAUAGAUCGCGUCUAGAAAAAAGAACAUUCGCAUUUUAGGUUAAGUUUUGCGGUGUACUUGUUCAACAAUAUCCACGUUUUUGUUAAUAAAAUUAUUAUGGCAGAAUCGGCGAAGGACUUGUUAGGUUUUUAAUCCUUAUGCAAUCUAAUAGCAGACCUGCGGCAGGACUUUGAAUGAGGUUUUGCUGUGAGAAAGCCUUUCUCAAUAUUACCAACAUUAUUCAAAGGUGCAAGAGUACAAGGAGGAACUAAAAAAAACAAGCCGAACAAACUCGUUCUGAAAGGGUUCCCAGAAACCAUCGUCAAACUAAACCAGAUUCUGGAAACAUCUCAGUUCAAAAACCGACGAUUCACUGAUGUCCACCAAGACCUUAACAUUCCUGUGCCAGACCCAAUCGUCUUGAACAGUCAUACCGACCUGCCAGCAGCAAAAAAGACCAAGUUGGAUGAGCGGAUCAGCGAUGUGGGCACCAAGGUGAUGAUACUACCCAGCGGGUCGGUGCCCACAAACAAGCAUCUGGUGGACCUGGUCGAGCAGGUCAAGCCUCAUAUUCGGAGGCUGGUGGAAGAUUCCAAUUUGAUGAAAAUGUGGAUAUCCUUCAUGAUUCCUAAAAUUGAAGAUGGAAACAACUUCGGUGUUUCUGUUCAAGAAGACACUUUAGCUGAAGUACAGUCAGUGGAAUCAGAAGCGGCAGCAUUCUUUGAUCAGAUUUCCCGGUACUUCAUAUCGAGAGGGAAAUUAGUGUCAAAGGUAGCAAAAUAUCCUCACAUCGAUGACUAUAGGCGAGCUGUGCAAGAAUUGGAUGAAAAGAGUAUCUAAGUCUGUGGUUGGUCAUGUCAGAAAUUAGGAACAGAUACUGCGCCCUCCAUGAUAUUGUACUCAAAAACUUGGAUAAGAUUAAAAAACCAAGGACUUCAAACGCAACAGAAUCGCUUUACUAAAAGCGGUCCACUAAGAACACAUACCAUACGUCUCUCAGUAAUUAAGCUAAAUUUAAAUUAACUAGCAUUAUUUCAUCUUUAUUUUUGUAUCGAGCUGUUAGCGACAAACUGUAGUUUCAAGAUUUGAGAUGGGUUCCAUUGCAAAGUUGUGAUCCAAAGUUAUGCCGCGAAAAUAGUUAUAUAAAGCUUCCCGGUACCCCUGUCUGUUCCAACAGAUACGCGUUCAAGGUUCAACACAAUUCCUAGGGUGGGGCACUGCUUCCCUGGCACCCCCCUGUGGGCGCCCAAGUAUAAAGGUACUGGGAAGCAUUGGAGACCCUUGGACGGAUAUUUAUAAGUUACAAGAUUCUAAUGAAUGUCGUCUGUAGUUGUAAGAAAAAAAUUGCACUUCUCAAAAAAUACUCCAUCUCGAAUCAUGAUAUACUGCUGAUUAUGUACAGAUUUCCUUUCAUAGGUUAUGUUCUUUGUUUACGAAGUGCAGGUUUUUUACUAAAAUAUUGAAAAGUAUUUUCAUAUCUAAUGCAUUAACAUCGCUGUUCUAGACAUAUAUCAUUUUUCUUUGAGGAUGCUAGUAUUAUAUCACGUGGAAUAUUUUUCAUUUUCGACGACAAUAAAAAAAUUGAAAAACUGACAUAUUGUUUGUAUUGAUAUCCACCUCUCGUUUGGCGCUUUCUGUCGAUUCCAUUUGUGGCCUGGCAGGGGUGUUACAUGACUUGAAAAGUGACAUUAUGUCAGUUUUUUGACAUUAUGUGGGUUGUUUAUGACAUGUGAAUUUUAGUACUAUAUAUCAACUUGGAACUAGCUAUCGUUCUCUUCAUGCUCACUGUAGCAGGCGCGGAAUGAACUAUACUAAGUGACAUAUAAAUCAGAACACCCAGUUUAAAUGGUUUAUUUUAAUAAAAUUUUGUAUAAGUACUUAAUGAAGCAUAAU